AUGAACCACAAGUACGAACUGACCAAGUCGAGGACCAGUUACAGCAGGACGGACAUCUUGACGCCCAGGAACCAGCUCGGUAUCUCCCUCUUCUUCAUCAUAUACUUAAGCGUUGCCUACAGUCGCCGGCUCGAAUCGCCGUUACUAGAGCCACUGGGCGGAAAUGACAGCCCUACCCGGAGCCCUUAUGGCCCUACAUUAUUACCAUUCAAAAUUAUUGUGAAGUUGUGGGAGAUCAUUGUACUUUCGCCUACCAAGGUCGGGUGUAUUAGUACUCUAGCUCGUCGGAAUGCCUGGUAUCGUGGUGUCAAUCGGGAACGUUUGAAUCCACCCCGAAAUGCGGUCCAUCCAUGCUUUCGUUGGACCUUGUGGGAAACUUCCCUUUCUGAAGAAAGUCCCCAGAAGAGUUAUUUCACGUCCAGCUCUGUCGCGGAAAUUCCGCCUAUCACUAGGUCUCUCAGACCACAAACAUCGCAUCCUCCGGAAACUCAACACAACAUAUAUGACUUGCAUUGGCUGUGUUUUGACCGGCUCCAAUGCCUGCAGCGCGUCAAAAGCUGGAUAGCUGUCCGUGGACAUGCGGCCGCAGUUGACAACUGA